GCUUUUAGAACCACAGACACACAGAGAGGCUUCAUUCCCAGCCCAAAGACCCAGCCUAACGCAUCCAGCGCUGAAGAGAAACCCGAUGUGUGUGUGCGCAUGUUUUCUCCGCCGGUUUGACGCGUGAAUCAAGGCCACCAGGAUUGAGGAGAUACCGGGCCCUGAACGCUGGACCUCAACGUUUCAUUUUCAAGAAAGCUGCUCGCUGGCAUGCUGUGAGAAUUACCUCUGCUCACCCAAGGCUUUUGAAAAAUACCGAUAAACUAAACACAGGUCGUAUUCCUGAAACAAUCCUUCGGUCAUGCUGCGCACCUGCCAGACCUCGGCUCCCGGACCGGACUGUUGAAGAAAAGACAGGCAACUUUUGGGGAAGAAGUUGCCAUCAGAUCGGUUGUUGAAGCAGGGGUGGAGGGGCAAACUAAGUCCCUCCAUCGAGUAGAAGCACCUUUUUUUCUUCACAUUUUCAUCCUUGAUAGGAAGGCGAAACGGCGACUUCAGUUGAUUAUCUGUCUUUCCUUUGCUAUCCAAUGGAUAUUCACUGCAAAGCAGACCCCUUCACCGCGAUGCACCUAUCCCACGUAGGGCACGGAGGUGUGAACCAGCUCGGCGGGGUGUUUGUGAACGGCAGACCCCUCCCGGACGUGGUCAGGCAGCGCAUAGUGGAGCUGGCCCACCAGGGCGUCCGGCCCUGCGACAUCUCCAGACAGCUGAGAGUCAGCCACGGCUGCGUCAGCAAGAUCCUGGGCAGGUGGGUGAACACUCUCCGGACAAGCCCUGCAGCCAGAUAUUACGAGACUGGCAGCAUCAAACCAGGGGUGAUUGGUGGCUCGAAACCUAAAGUGGCCACGCCAAAGGUGGUGGACAAAAUCGCAGACUACAAGAGACAAAACCCAACCAUGUUUGCUUGGGAGAUCAGAGACAGACUGCUGGCAGAGGGCGUCUGCGACAACGACACUGUCCCCAGCGUAUCAUCCAUUAACAGGAUCAUCCGUACAAAAGUCCAGCAGCCUUUCCAUCCAUCUCCUGAUGGGUCAUCCCUGACACCAGGCCAUACUAUAGUACCAAGCACAGCCUCUCCGCCUGUAACCAGCGCCUCCAACGACCCUGCAGGAUCCUACUCCAUCAAUGGGAUUCUGGGUAUUCCACGAUCCAACGGUGAAAAGAGGAAAAGAGAUGAAGAUGGUUCAGAUGGUUCUGGCCCAAACAGUGAUUCUCAGGGUAGUGUGGAGAGUUUACGGAAACACCUUAGGGCAGAUGCCUUCACCCAGCAGCAGCUGGAAGCGCUGGACCGGGUCUUUGAACGCCCCUCGUACCCUGACGUCUUCCCCACAUCGGAGCACAUCAAACCUGAACAGGCUAAUGAGUACUCGCUCCCUGCCCUGAAUUCCAGCCUGGACGAAGUCAAGCCCAGUUUAUCCUCUAGCGUCCACCCAGACCUGGGCCCCAGUGUGUCGCAAAGCUACCCUGUAGGUCGGGAUAUGGCCAACACAACCUUACCUGGGUACCCCCCUCACGUUCCCCCUACAGGCCAGGGCAGCUACCCAACCUCCACGCUCGCUGGAAUGGUUCCUGGGAGUGAGUUUUCAGGGAACCCCUACAGUCACCCACAGUACACAACCUACAAUGACGCCUGGCGAUUCAGCAACCCAGCAUUACUAAGUUCCCCUUAUUAUUAUAGUGCCGCAUCGAGAGGCUCCGCCCCUCCCACUGCUGCCACUGCCUAUGACCGUCACUAGUUACCAUGGAAACCAAAUCAACCUGCAGGACCAUGGCCUUAGCCUCCAUAUUGCCCCGGUGUAAGCGACAUGGCCCACUGGACACUGAGCAACUGCGCAUAAAAUGUUCCCAGCUCACACAAUGAGAAACUUUACGUUUUUUGGGGAGAUUCCAGACGACUUCUCUCUCCUCGCAGCUUUUUUGGACACUCAAAGCCAAAAAAAAAAAAAAACUACAAGAAGAUCAUCAGAGACAUUGAAAGUCACUU